UCUUCGGCUGCUUCGGCUCCUGUCGCCCAGGGCGGGCUUCGCGGCCGGAGAUUUCUUUUUUCUUUUUUUUUUAAUUAUUAUUUUUUUCUUUCUUCUUUUUUCUUUUUUUUUUUUUUUUCUUCCUACUCUUCCCAUUUUUACGAAGUUUCCUGGCCGGAGAGCCGCGCCCGGAUCGCUUCCCCGCAGCCCAGGAUUUAUAUCGAUCCGUAUUGGGGGGCGACCCCCACCCCAAUUCCAGGCUCUCGGUGGUCGUUGCCCGGGCUUCCCCUCCGAGCCCUUCCCCACCAGGCGCGGACAAAGGCGAAGCGGCCGGGGCCGAGGAAGGCACGGGGGGGUGCAGGGGGGUAGGGAGCUCCUCCAUGGCGCAGGCGGCUCCGCUCAACCUGCUGGAGCCCGGCGGCUUCCCCAUCCAGGUGGAGCACGAUCGGAAGCGGAGGCAGUUCACCGUCCGCUUGAACGGCUGCCAUGAUAAAGCCGUCCUGUUGUAUGAAUACGUAGGGAAGAGAGUGGUGGAUCUUCAACAUACGGAAGUCCCAGAUACCUACCGGGGCAGAGGAAUCGCAAAACAUCUGGCCAAGGCCGCCUUGGACUUUGUGGUGGAGGAAGAUUUGAAAGCCCACCUCACGUGUUGGUACAUCCAGAAAUACGUCAAGGAGAACCCACUGCCGCAAUAUGUGGAACGUUUACAGUCUUAACCCAGAACCUUGCUUGAAGAUGGCAGCGACUCUAGUGACUCGCCCCGGCCUCCAAGCUGUCACGGGGGACCCCCCUCACCUGCCUCUGUACAUGCUCAGAGGUUUGUACGUUUGAAGAAGCCCAAGACGGCGAGAUUUUGCAACCAUACUUCCAAGCCGUUCGGCUGACCGGAGAAUUUUACAGUUUGCAUUUGCCGUUUUUAUUUUUGCAUUUUGGCGAGGGGGGGGGGAGCGGGCGGCCGGGAAACCCUCGGGGGGCAAAAUUCAACCUCCUGCCAGUUGGAUGGACUCGUGGCCGAAAGUUGAAGGCAUGGGGUGGGUCUGGUUUUCAACGAGGGUUGGGUUAAAGCAAGUUUACUUGGCCACUUUUCUUCCUGGAGCAGCAUGGAAAAUACAAGAAGCCGAGCUACUCUGGGCCUCCGAGGGCAUCUUUGAACCCCUUUGGCUAGGAUGAUCGUACCGCCAUGCGCAGGCUAAACUUGGAGCCUUUAACAAGAGGUUAAAUAAAUGUUUGUGCUUCUGCCAUGCGAUCUCGCCACCCUGGGUGCCCCUACCGAAGCGUGGACUGAAAUGAAGAAAGGACUUUUAACCUGGGACACUUGCUCGACUGAGCUCGCAACAUCAUGGCAACGUGUUGGGUGUUUUGGGGUGAUGGUGCGUGAAGGAGAGGCUUAGAUGGAUUCUAGGGACAUUUUGAGGGAUGGGCUGGCGUGGGCUAUUUAUCCCAUUUUGGUGGGACCUUCCUCCCUUUUCAAUCUCCUUGGUGGGGUGUUUCCCAUUCUACGCAAGAAGAAGAAGACGCCGCCAAAAAGCGAGGGGCUAAAAAGGAUGGACACAAGAAAGGGAAGAGUGUUCGAAGAGUGCUGAACAACUGAUGGGCACCUCCAACCAGAAGAGUCUCUCUACUCCAGCCAGGUUUUUUUUUAAAAAAAAAAACAAAAAACCAGAUCCAUAAUGCAGAUAGAGUAAGUGAGGUGGAAUCCUAUAAACUGAAUAGCCAGGGAUUUUGCGGGAGAUGCAGUUAGAAGGUCGUCUUUGAGAUGAGUUGGCGCACACCGAUUCAAGAAAAGAGGGAGUGCAAAGAAAAAAGGGGUCUACUCCGGGGAGGAAAUGAUUAGCUUUCUAGCUUUGAUCGAACGUUUUCAUUUCUUCGGCCCUUCGCUUCUGGUGAGGACGGCUGGGGAUCGUGGGAAGAGUGGGUCAUCGGAAAGAGAGGGAGAGAGAAGGGUCCCUGAUAGGAUGGUUUAAACAAGGAACGUUCAACCUUGGCAAGUUGAAGAGCUGUGAGAAUUCUGGAAGUCCACCAAACUUUGGGUUCUCCAACUUUUGAGACGGGUGGACUUCGACUCCAAGAAUUCCCAUAGGCCUUACAGUUUGCCAAAGUUGGAUGUUCCUGUUUAAACAUGACCUAUCCAAGAGUGCGACGAUUGUCAAAGUUCCCUCUUUAGAUUGCAAUGACUUGCGAGAUAAUACAAUAAGGUUUUGCAGGAAGCUCUAAUCACCUUCUGUUUCCUGCUCUCUUCCUCCCCGCUCCCUCCUGAAUGGGGGGGAGUUAUUUAGUUCUAUUGUCCCUAGCCAAGCAUCUCCCAAAUAUCUAGAACUACAUUUUCCAUCACCCUGGGCCAGUACAGAGGGUGCCCAUUCUGGGGAAACUUGGUUUAAUAGGAGAGUGGCAGGCGGAAGGAUUUGCUUGGGUUAAUUUUGCCACAGAAUUUGAAUUCCUUUGGGGAUCUAAGUUUCCCUAUCCCUUUUUAUUUUAUUUUCCCCCUGCCCAGUUCAGUUCCUUAGGUGUGUCUUUGGGAAUUUCAGCAGAAAUAAAUGGAAGAGAUGAGAUAAGAUCAUUACCUAAACAGAGGACUCCAAAGUUGGCAACUUUAAGCCUGGCGGACUUUAACUCCCAGAAUUCUGGGAAUUAAAGUCCGCCAGGCUUAAAGUUGCCAACGUUGGAGACCCCUGCCCUAAAAGGGUGAAAUUUGGAGCACAAAUCGUAUUGUGUGGUUUGAUUCGUGGAUAGCUCUAUAGCAAACAUUUCUCAAACUUGGCAACUUUUAAGAUGGGUGAACUUUCAACUCCCAGAAUUCCUGGCUGGGGAUUUCUGGGAGUUGAAGUCCACCCGUCUUAAAGUUGCCACGUUUUGAGAAACGCUGUUCUAAAAACAUCAGUGAGAGUCCAGCUGAAGAGGUUUUGUGAGAGGACUGGUAUUUUUAUGCACAUACACCACAUACACAGCUUAUCUGAUGGACAUCUGCCCUCCCAGCAGUGUUAAGACCGCUUGUCGUACCAUUCGAAAACUUGAACUUCUCCUUACUGUUCACUAACUUGUCAUGGCACCUUUUCUUCAGUGGUCUCUGCCUGAAGAUGUCCUCCCUUAUCUAGAAAAUACUACUGGGCGCUGAGGAGGCGAAGAGAGAUGAUUUAUCCUAAAUACGAUGGGAAUAUUUUCCUCGGCUAAAGAAGGAGGCUUGCAAAGGUCAGAGUUAGUCUGAGAUGCAAUAUUUCAGAAAUGCUCCAGCUUUCUUCCAUGAUGCCCCAACAAAAGUUUGUGGAACUUAACUGAGAUUUUUUUUUUUUUUUUUAGUAACACUGAUGCUUUUAUUUUGGGGGUGGGGGAAACCCUUUAUUUUUCUGCAGUUUUUAAUUUUUGCAUUGCAGAGGGACAAGGGUCUCCAAGGAUAGCAGAGGGAAGAUAGGUGAUAGCAAUCAGGUCCUUUAUCUUUGAAGGACUCAGAGGGUGGAAUGGAGGCUCUCCCCCCCCCCCCCCCAUUUUUCUCUAUUGAAGUAUCUCAGUUGUAAGUGUCUCAGUGCAGCUUUGAUCUGUCCCAGAGGUGGUGAAAUUCCAGCUGGACUGGCUAGAGAUUCUUGAAAGUCCCAACUUCUCUGGAAGAGGCCAAAUUGGUGGAAUGAAACUUUUCACAGAUCUUUUGAGAAGGAAAAAAAAAAUAUUUCUGAGAUCUGCUGGAGGAAGAACGGGGCACGGAUAAAGCACCUCUUUAUUGUUAGAUAGGGGAUGGGAAGUCCAUUAGGUGGGCACACAGAGCUUCAAGAACCACAGGAUGGGCCCAAUCUCAAGAACCACCUGCAACUUCAAGAGCCAUCAGCUUAGACGAUUCGGAGGGCCGGGGUGGGGGGGGACGACCUCGUGUUUUCCACCAACGUGGGAUUAUUUUCACCCUUAUUCUAUGUGCCUUUCUGACUCAGGACUUCUUAACAAUGACUUUUCUGGUUGGUGUACAUGUGUGUUUUUAAUAUUUUUUUUCCUUCUCGGGUUGUGUCAUUAAUAAAAAUCUGACCCUGUUGCAUGAAAUAUAA